AUGAGGGUUAGUGUUUACUACCAGCUUAGAGACAUUGCGAAAACAGGAAAGGACUGUACAGGAUUACUUCACCACUUUGAGGCCAUGAAGAGGAAUACCUCCGUGGACGGAUGGAUAAUGAUAGGGACGUCCAUAAGAACGAAAAUUUGGGUAGAGGAUGAGGCUAGCACUGGGCAGUUGUACAGGCCAUCGUUAUUGACAUCUACCACAGACUCAUUGGUCGGAUGUCUCACUAUUUGCUCCAGCACGGUGAAACACAAGGGAUCCACAUACAAUACCGAGACCAGAGAAUGCAAUUGUCUAGACGGUAAUGUUAGCGUUACGUCACAUCCAGGAAAUCGUCUUUGGAACCGCCAGUUUGAAGGCUUCUUCAAUCUGCAGUUGGGAUGGUAUAUCAAGCUGUUUGCUAAUAUGCAAAUGUCACAGUCACAAGCGGAGGCAUUCUGCGGAACACUUGGGGCAAGACUGGCUAUCCUGGACACUAACGAGAAGGUAGACUACGUCACAGCUCUACCUGACUACCCUGCUGACAGAUUCGUCUUUGUAGGUGCGACUGAUAAGGCAACUGAACGAAUGUUUUUGUGGAGUAACGGUGCUAACGCCAAUCAUAUUCGGUGGGGUCAUGGUGAUCCCGGAUGACAAUUUCUCCGGUGAGGACUGUG